CAGGUGUUCCAAUCCCCUCCAUAUCAUGUGAUUCAGGUGUUCCAAUCCCCUCCAUAUCAUGUGAUUCAGGUGUUCCAAUCCCCUCCAUAUCAUGUGAUUCAGGUGUUCCAAUCCCCUCCAUAUCAUGUGAUUCAGGUGUUCCAAUCCCCUCCCAAUCAUGUGAUUCAGGUGUUCCAAUCCCCUCCCAAUCAUGUGAUUCAGGUGUUCCAAUCCCCUCCAUAUCAUGUGAUUCAGGUGUUCCAAUCCCCUCCAUAUCAUAGUCAAUAGCUAAAGACCUCCAAACUUGGUGUGGCCUUCAGAUGAGCCCAACAACAGUGCGUAGAGAGCUUCAUGGAAUGGGUUUCCAUGGC